UCCCCUACUUACGGUGGUAAAAAAAACCCAGAAAUUCAUUUAGGUUAAUUUUGACUCCGUCACCUCCACUAUAUUUAAACAACCGAAUCACAUUGGUUUAUGUCCCCGAUUAACUCUUCUUCUCCUUCUCUUCCCUUCCUCCGUCUUCCCCAUUCUCUGGUGUUCCCUCAUUUCUCCGGUCAGCCAUGGCUUCCCUCCACGAUUUCGUCAACCUCGACCUCUCCGACACCACCGAGAAGAUCAUCGCCGAGUACAUCUGGGUUGGUGGAUCUGGUAUGGACAUGAGGAGCAAAGCAAGGACUCUGCCCGGACCAGUGACCAACCCGUCUGAGCUACCCAAGUGGAACUACGACGGCAGCUCCACCAACCAAGCCCCCGGCGAUGACAGCGAAGUCAUCCUCUAUCCACGAGCGAUCUUCAAGGAUCCCUUCAGAAAGGGAAACAACAUCCUGGUCAUAUGCGAUUCAUACACCCCCGCCGGCGAGCCAAUCCCAACCAACAAGCGGGCCAAAGCUGCCGAGAUCUUCAGCAACCCCGACGUUGAAGCCGAGGAACCAUGGUUCGGGAUCGAGCAGGAGUACACACUUCUGACGAUGAGCAAGUGGCCUCUUGGCUGGCCCGAAAAUGGCUACCCUGGCCCCCAGGGACCUUACUACUGCGGAAAUGGAGCUGACAAGGCAUUCGGAAGAGACAUCGUCGACGCUCACUACAAGGCCUGCUUGUACGCCGGAAUCAACAUCAGUGGGAUCAACGGCGAGGUCAUGCCCGGCCAGUGGGAAUUCCAAGUCGGACCUUCUGUCGGCAUUUCUGCUGGUGACGAGGUCUGGGCCGCUCGUUACAUCCUCGAGAGGAUUACUGAAAUCGCAGGAGUUGUGGUCAGCUUCGACCCUAAGCCAGUUCCGGUAUGUGACGUCGUACCAAUUUGCUUUUUUCUUUCCUCUGCUAGCCGCGACGUUGGUUGGUUCAUCAUGUCGAUUAGCGUGACGAGAAUGUCUUGAAUUUUUGACUAGGGCGAUUGGAACGGCGCUGGUGCUCACACUAACUACAGUACCAAGUCGAUGAGGGGCGACGGUGGUAUCGAUGUGAUCAACGCCGCGAUCGAGAAGUUGGAAGCCCGCCACACCGAGCACAUCGCUGCUUAUGGCGAGGGUAACGAGAGACGAUUGACCGGCAACCAUGAGACUGCUAGUAUCAACCAAUUCACUUGGGUAUACGCGUCUUGCAUUCUGUCCUUCUUCUUGCUAGCUAAACCGUUUCUACGGAGAUGUCGGAAUGUUGAUUCAAUGUCUGCGUGCGGAUUUUUACAGGGUGUAGCCAACAGGGGAGCGUCGGUUCGUAUCGGUCGCGACACCGAGAAGCAAGGAAAAGGUUACUUCGAGGACAGAAGGCCGGCUUCCAACAUGGAUCCCUACGUUGUCACAUCCAUGAUCGCCGAGACCACCAUUCUCCCUGCAGCUUGAAAACAAAACAACCCUAAUCAAACAAUUGUUUCUCUUCUUCUAAAAUUGACACAUUGAAAAUCAAUUUUGUCUUAUUAUGGUCUCCUUUUCCGACUUCGAGUCGGGUUGGGUCAGUGGAAUUAAUUUUUUUUUCCCUUCUGUUUUCUUUUUCAGCAAGCAAGCUUGUCAAUUUCUUUCUACAGUAAUAAUAAUAAUUAAAAAAUCAAUUUUGUUUUUCC